ACGCUUUCGACACGACCGACGACAUUCCUCGUGCUGACUCAGACUUCAACCCAACCAUAACCAAGCCCUGCAGCGAUCCCAUCUGGCUCCUUUCAUUUCCUGCCUCCCAUAACAUUUGCGGCCAACCUACAAUGCCGUCCAGAGCAGCUACGCGCGAUUCGGAUUCGAGACAUGUCAACAAUCUCCUUCAUACUCUUAGGCGAGCACUAUCGCCACGAGCAAAAUUUGCAGCGCGCGAAACCCGUGCAUCCCUCCUUCACAGUUCGUAUAACAACCCGACGCUCCCGUUCGAUCAGAUAUACGCGGCACGGGCGGUCCAGCCUGAACCUCCUGCUACCCGUUCAUCGCCCCCAGUGCGUUUGGGUCCUGAGGGGGUCCUCGAGUAUGCAUAUCCCCGGGGCCGUGUGCCUGGCCCUCGCCCACCUCCGAGCUGGAGCGGUCUCUUUGAUGCGGAUGUUAAAGGAAAUGAUGGAGAUCCACAGGGAGACGAGGAGUGUGCGUGGCGCUCGAAUGCUCUAUCCCUCAUCUACUCGCAUCUUCCGCCCUCCACUAGUUCUGAUGCGGUGUCUGUACCCCGUCUGACCUUGCUGUGUCUGCAAUAUCUCGUCGCAUUGUACCCCGGGCAAGACGCGUCGGAAGCGUUUGCUGAGGACGUCGUCCCAUACCUGCCUGUGCAUCUGAGACGACACCUCAUACGAUGGGCAGCGAUACACGAUCCCCUUCCUACUACUCAACUGUUCGCCCUAGCGGAUUCUGGACGCCAUGUCGACGGGGAACUCAUCGUCGUAGGGCCACGAGCUUCGUUACCCCGCGACGUGUUCAAAGCAAAGAGGCCUACUUCCCAGCACGCCCCCAUUGUAGAAGUCCCCAUAGCUCGGGAGGACGCCACGGACGCCCUGGAGUCGUGGGACUCGCCUUCCUUCGACGAACGAACACCACAGCCAAUGCAGAAUCUAAUCCUUGUCUCCAUUGCGUUGCCAGUGAACACAUUACUCACUUUCCCCCCAACAUUGACGCGCUUGGCUUUGCUCGCGCUACCGGCACCUGCGCCCAUUCAUCGUCUGCCGCGCAUAUGCCCGCUGAUCGAAGUCUUGGAUUUAUCGUUCAACAACUGGCUUGCUCAACCUCAUGCGGGCAGCAAGUCCGUACUAGAGAGGGUGGAGUGGGACAGAUGGAGCCACCUCAAGGUGCUUGGUUUGAAGGAGACGGGGGUUGGGGAGGAGAUCGUGCGGCGCGUGAAUAAGGGACGUUGGGUAGAUGUUGACAUUGUUGGUGUAGUGUCGUUAGAAGUCGCCAUGAGCAAUCUGCAUUGGGUUUCUGAGACAUCGAAGUCCUGCAUACUGACAUGAAUCAUCGCGUGUAAACCAAUCUGUUUUGAUUCCAAGGUUCCAAUCAUCAUGCGCAUACAAAUCCUCCUGAGACACCGGAUCCGACCAUACCGUAAUACGUGUAGAUAGCAGUCAACAUCAACCGAAGCGUUCAGGUAAGUCUGCAAGUCAAACGGCGCAAAUGACUGUAGGCAGCUGUCAGGAGACCACA